CUCCAUUGUAAAAUGGCGUCGAACAUGUGUUUCCAGUGUUCGAUAGAAUCUUGACGUCUGUUCUGUCAAGUAAUAUACCGUUUUGUAAAUUCAACGAGUAAAUUUAUUUUGACAUUUUCGUUGAACACGUUCAUUAGUAUGGCGGUUUGUGGAGAAUACAUUCGUAGCCAAUUUCCUACGAUAGAUGAUGAUUUGUAUCAAUACGUGGAAGGUAUUUUGGAUAGUUCGAAAGAUGAUUUCGAAGAUGGUGACGAGGUUUACGAAGCGAUAGGUGAAGUACUGCACGAGGUCGAGGAAAAACCAGAGAAUGAGGUUAGGCAAAUAUGCGUGAAAUUAUUGGAAAUGUUGAAAGGAAAUUCAAACGACGAAAACGAGGAAAGAAAAAAGAAUGGUGUGAACAAAGUAUUAAAUGCACCUAUUCAUUUAGGAUCAAUGGCUGCCACUUUAGAAGCUCAAGUAGAACAGAUAAAAAGUAUAUGGGUUACUACUAGAGACGAUGCCAUGAAAGUAGAUGCUAAGAAAUUGGAGAAGGCGGAGGCAAAGUUACAGCAGAAACAAGAGAAACGAAAUAACAAUGAAUCAACUGGACGCGUUAAUACAGUUAGCUGUGGCAUAGAAUCAGCUAGCGCGAGCCAGAUGACCAGCAAGAAGGAUAGCAGAAUGGAAAACAAGGGCAGUGUAAAUAAGACUCAGGAUAUUAGAAUAGAAAACUUUGAUGUAGCGUACGGUGAUCGAAUUUUGUUACAAGGAGCUGAUUUAACGCUCGCCUUUGGUAGGCGGUAUGGUCUUAUCGGGAGAAACGGGCUUGGUAAAACUACUUUGUUAAGAAUGAUAUCUAGCAAACAAUUGAGAAUACCGUCUCAUAUAAGAGUACUGCACGUGGAGCAAGAAGUCGCCGGCGACGAGACCUCUGCCCUUGAAUCUGUAUUAGAAUGCGAUCAAGAGAGAAGUAUGUUGCUCAGCAAAGAAGCAGAACUGCAGGCGGCCAUAGAAAAGGACGUGAAGGCAAGGGAUACGUUGGGUGAAGAAUUAGCUAGAGUAUACGAAGCGAUGCAGCUAGCCGAAGUAGAUAAAGCGCCCGCUAGAGCCAGUACGAUAUUAACAGGUCUCGGAUUCACCGUUGAAAGACAAUCAUGGCCGACGAAAGCCUUCUCAGGCGGUUGGAGAAUGAGACUCGCCCUUGCGCGUGCCCUGUUCUCCAGGCCCGACCUUCUGUUACUCGACGAACCUACGAACAUGCUUGACAUUAAAGCGAUACUUUGGUUAGAAAAGUAUUUACAAUCGUGGCCUACUACGUUGCUCGUAGUCUCUCACGAUAGAAACUUCUUAGACACGGUACCCACGGAUAUAUUAUAUUUGAAAGGGCAAAAGAUAGAGGCGUACCGUGGCAAUUACGAACAGUUCUCGAAAACCAAAGGGGAACGCGAGAGAAAUCAACAGAGAGAAUACGAAGCGCAGCAAGCGAAAAGAGCGCACGUACAGGAAUUCAUCGACCGAUUCCGAUACAACGCGAAUCGCGCUUCUAGUGUACAGAGUAAAAUAAAGAUGUUAAACAAACUGGAAGAAUUGAAACCAAUGGAGAAAGAAGGAGAAGUAACGCUUCGCUUCCCGGAUGUCGAGCCAUUAAGUCCUCCGAUAUUGCAACUCAACGAAGUGUCCUUCAGCUACACCGGGGGCAGCGACGAAUCGUACAUACUCAGGGGCGUGAAUUUAACGGCCGGCUUGCAAUCUCGCAUUUGCAUCGUAGGGGAGAACGGAGCGGGUAAAACUACGCUUUUAAAAAUAAUAACCGGUGCGUUGAGCCCGACCCGGGGCACCGUGCACGUUCAUCGAAAUUUGAAGUUCGGAUACUUCAGCCAACAUCACGUGGAUCAAUUGGACAUGCAGUCGUGUCCGGUUGAAUUGUUGCAGAAGCAUUUUCCAGGAAAACCGGUUGAAGAAUAUAGAAGAAUGCUUGGAAGUUUUGGAGUAAGCGGUAAAUUAGCUUUACAGUCUAUCAGCUCCUUAUCCGGUGGACAGAAAUCAAGGGUCGCGUUCGCGUUGAUGUCCGCCGCUACGCCAAACUUUUUAGUACUCGACGAGCCUACGAAUCAUCUUGAUAUCGAGUCGAUCGAGGCUUUAGGAAAAGCAUUAAAUACCUGCCAAGCGGGUGUGAUAUUAGUUUCGCACGAUGAAAGAUUAAUUCGCAUGGUGUGUACCGAACUCUGGGUAUGCACACAGGGUUCUGUACGGUGUAUCGAGGGAGGUUUCGACGAGUACCGUAGGAUCAUUGAAAAGGAACUCGAAGUUUAAAGAUUUGUUUUAAUUUAAAUUUCAUUCUCGCUUUGCAUUGUCCUGUACGAAGUUACCGAUGUGAAAAUUUCAAUUGAAUAAUGAUGGAAAUAAAUGCAAGAGAAAAAUUCA